AUGGAAAAGAUGAUUGGGGUUUUAGCAAUGGGAACAGUGAGGGGAUUAGGGUUAUAUAAUGGAGUAAAAGCUGACCAGCUUUAUACAUGGGAAGAUCCUUGCGGGGCGUCAGUAAGGGCGGAAGCAGUGUGGCUGGGAUAUGAGCUUGGGGUUCCAUCCCGGCUGGGCUGCCGCCCCUUCUGGGCUGCCGCAAUGGAACUCAGCGCCGAGUACCUGCGGGAGAACCUGCAGCGGGACCUGGAGGCAGAGCAUGUGGAAGUCGAGGACAAGACUCCCAACCGUUGUGCGUCCAGCUUCCGAGUCCUGGUCGUGUGGGCCAAGUUCGAGGGGAAGCCACUGUUUCAGAGACACCCGCUGGUGAACACGUGCCUAGCGGAAGAGCUUCUGCACAUUCAUGCCUUUGAGCAGAAAACCCUGACCCCAGAACAGUGGGCCCGUGAGCAGCAGAAAUAAGAGACCAAGGCCUGCACAGCCAUUAAAUUAUGAAUCAGGGCCAAAAAAAAAAAAAAAAAA